AUGCCUGCCGUGGGAGCAGGAGUGAGGAGUCGAGGCAGGGAUGCUGAAGCCCGGGCUGCCCACAGGGCCAGGCAGAGGAUGUCGGGAGGAGUGGGCCGGGCCCGCGUGGACAGCGCUAGCCUGUGUGAAGAGGGUGGCUGCCUGCAGUUCCGGUCCUGUUUGGGCUGUCCUGGUUUUGCUGUGGUUGUGGUGCUGCCGCCGACUCGCUGUUGCUGUGUGGGCCCCGGACACCAGGAGGAGGGCAGCAGCCUGGCCUGGGCGCUGCAGGCCACCAGGGCCUCGGACAGGGCCAAAGGCAGCCACACACCUCGCUUCCUCCAGGCCAGCGUGGGCAGGGCCCUGGAGACAGCAGGGGAGGGGCCGAGGGGUGCCCGCGGCCGAGGUCCCCACUGGGGUGAAGAGUGCAUGAGGACCAGCGCCGGCGUCCCGCCCGCUGCUGGGGGCUCUGCUGGCACCGACCACGACCAGCUGCCGAGCCGCCUCGACACGGACCCGCCUGAGUCAGCAGAGACCGUCUCAUGCGCCCACCUUGGUCCCACAGCGGAGCUGGAGUUCGUGGAGAUCACCAUCAUCGUGGUGGUGGUGAUGGUGAUGGUGGUGGUGAUCACGUGCCUGCUGAGCCACUACAAGCUGUCAGCGCGCUCCUUCAUGGGCCGGCACAGCCAGGGCAGGAGGAGAGAAGACGCCCUGUCCUCGGAAGGAUGCCUCUGGCCCUCGGAGAGCACCGUGUCAGGCAAUGGAAUCUCAGAGCCGCAGGUCUACACCCCGCCUCGGCCCUCCGACCGCCUGGCCGUGCCCCCCUUUGCCCAGCGGGGCCGUUUCCACCGCUUCCAGCCCACCUACCCGUACCUGCAGCACGAGAUCGACCUGCCGCCCACCAUCUCCCUGUCGGACGGGGAGGAGCCCCCGCCCUACCAGGGCCCCUGCACGCUCCAGCUGCGGGACCCCGAGCAGCAGCUGGAGCUGAACCGCGAGUCGGUGCGCGCGCCCCCGAACAGAACCAUCUUCGACAGCGACCUGAUGGACAGCGCCGUGUUGGGCGGCCCCUGUCCCCCCAGCAGUAACUCGGGCAUCAGCGCCACGUGCUACGGGGGUGGCGGGCGCAUGGAGGGGCCGCCCCCCACCUAUAGCGAGGUCAUCGGGCACUACCCCGGGUCCGCCUCCUUCCAGCAUCAGCAGAGCAGCGGGCCGCCCUCCCUGCUGGAGGGGACCCGGCUCCACCACGCGCACAUCGCCCCGCUGGAGAGCACAGCCGCCUGGAGCAAAGAGAAGGAUAAACAGAAAGGACACCCUCUCUAGGAAUCCGGGCCGGGCGGCAGUGGGGAAAGCGACACUCGGCACUUAAAGAGACAAGAGAGGAGAGCAGGCGGCCGUACCAUCCUCUCCCCACCUCUCUGUGUAUAAAUAUCUACGUGUUCUGUCUGGUCUGAAUGCACAAGCUAAGGAAGCUUGCAAAAAACCACGUUUCUUUGUUGAGCUGUGUCUUGAAGGCAAAAGAGGAAAAAAAAAAGAUCCUACACUAGUCUUUUCUGUUUCUAGUUGAGCUGUGUGCGUGAAUGCUUCUUUUCUUUUGUUUAUGAUUUCACUUAACUUUAAAGACAUAUUUGCACAAAACCUUUGUUUAAAGAUCUGCAAUAUUAUAUAUAUAAAUAUAUAUAAAAUAAGAGAAACUGUAUGUGCGAGGGCAGGAGUAUUUUUGUAUUAGAAGAGGCCUAUUAAAAAAAGUUGUUUUCUGAGCUAGAAGAG